AUCCUCCGCACUUGUUCUACUCUGCCUCCGCCCUGCGCUUCUCACCGACGCAGAACACUGAUGACAACGAAAUAACUGAUAAGCUCAGUACAUUUAAGCGUAAACCAAAGCUAUUAGAUUCACUCAAUUACAAAGGAAAAUGUUUCGAAUGAGGGAACCGUUUGAGAGCGAGAAGCUCCAACUGCAGGAGCUCAACCAAAGACUCAACCAGUACCUAAUGCGCGCAAAACAGUUGGAACAAGAAAAUGCCAGCUUGAUAAGCGAAAUUAAUUCAAUCCGAAAAAACAGGUCUGGAGAAUGGGAAAACAAACACAUGUCCGAGCUAAGGGAAAUGAGGAGACUGGUGGAGCGGUUAUCUUUCGAGAAAAGCAGAGCAGAGAUGGAGCGCCAGAAGCUGCGCAAUGAACUUCAGAUGCUUCAAGCGAUGCGUUCAGAGGAGGCUUCGGUGAGCAAAGGCGUCGACACGGAGCUGAAAGGCUGCGAGAGGCAGCUCCAUAAUGCUAUUAAGACCAACAGUGCUUUGGAAGAUCGCCUCAUUGAGCUUGAAAACGAAUAUAAGUUUUUGGAAGAUGCUCAUAGAAAGGAAAUCGCCCACCUGAGGGACCAGGCGCACUCCCGAACUGUACGUGUCGUGACUCAAAGGUAUCACCCACCUCCAGCAGUUACGAUGGAAGAGGUGCAGGAAUAUGCGGCCAACUUCACUGAAAGCUGGCAGGGGACUUUGGACAUGUACCGCCUGAAGGUCGAGGAAAUCGAAGAGUCUAUAAAAGCAGACCAAGCGAGGCUCGACGACAUUCAGAGGGAAAAGAGGGAAUAUGCUUCACAGUUCAAGAGGCUGCGUGACGAGAUUGAGAAACAAACCAAAGUGCAGUUGAACCUUGAGGAGCAGCUCAUGAACAUGCAAGAAAAUUUCAGAGCUGAGAUCUGCAAGUAUCAGGCUAUCAUUGAAGAACUGGAGUAUGAGCGCAGAAUGCUGUCUAACACCAUCUCAGAGAAGCUGAAGGACCAUCAGGAUCUCUUACAGGUCAAGAUGGGCCUUGCACUGGAAGUGGCUGCGUACAGGGCACUCUUGGAAGAAGAAGGAAGACAUGCUCAAUCGUGGUCUACUCAGCAUUCAAGAGAAAGAAUAAUAGAUAUAAAAUUGCCGACCCAUCCUUACACUCCAAGAGUGUCCGUCAAUUCGGCAAGUCGACCAGCUAUAAGAAAAAAAGCCUUUACAGAUGUUAAAUAUAUGGAACCAAUUUCCAGCCUGAGAACCUCAUCUACGUCAAGUCAAUUUCAUUCUUACGAACCCUCCAGGAUCGUGCCUAUCAAUGUAUCAAAUCGUGCCCAGCAAAGUCCUGCUUCAAGACGGGACAUGAUUUCCUUCACCAAAGCAGUGCAGGCAGCUGCUUCCAGUACCCUGGAGCCUGGAGUCUCUUCUGUUGAGAUAAAAAGAGAGGAGACAGAUCAGAGAAUUACGAGAAAAGAGAUUUCACAGCACUCUUCAAAGGGAUCACUUGAUCAUACCCCCUGUAGAAUCGAAAGUACACAGAGCUCUACAGCCUCAAAAAUAGAGAAAGCAAAUCAAGUGAAAGUGAUAUCACCUCCUGUGAGCUUCAGCAAGACCACCACUGAAGAAAAAAGCCAGAAAGAUGUUGAACCAACAGCAAAAGGAAUUGAAGCCAAACAAGAUAAAGAAAAAUCCAAGGUAACCAUGGAAGAAGAAAGAAGGGAUGUGAAAGAGUCAACAGCUAAAAAUGAGAAAGGGUCUGAAAAUGUAGGGCAUAAGGUGUUUGUAGGUAAGGAACAAGUUUUAGAUGCAGUUUUUAUGGAGGAAAUCAUUCAGCAAGUCAUGAAACCAGCUGGUUUAGAUGCUAAGGUCAGCUCAUCCCCUGAUUCAAAUGUCACAUAUCAUGUGGAGAAAACAGAGGAAGAGGAUGGAACCACCAAGACUCAGAUUGUCUUACAAUCUAAAACUGAGGAGGAAGUGGACCUCUCUGAAGAUUCUGCCUUGGAGGAACUUCUCAGUGAGGAAGUCAAGAAAGUCACCCUGGAGAACAUCAAAGGAACCCCAACAGGAACCAUGAUCGAGAACCUGCUGAGUCUUGGCCUGCAAGGUGAAAAUUUGGAAAAUAGGUUGGUGAAUGUGGAGAUAAUCGAAGAACAGGUGAACUCUGAUGAGGAAGGUGAAAUUGAAAUAGAGGAGACUGUGGAGAUUAAGUCCAAACAACCAAAUAUUGAUUCCUCAUCAUUUUUCUACCAAAUCGAGGAGCUAGAGAGUGACCCUAAGACCAUGGAACCUGAUGAGAGUUGUUCUGCUGAAGCCUCACAAUAUGGAAACAUUGGCUCUGUACAGGUUCGGGAAGUUACCAGUGAUGAAAGCUUACCCUACUUCUCACAUGGCCAAGACUCACAAGAGUACUUCGUCUCCACUCCUGAAGACAAUAUGUCAGAGUCUGAGGAGGGUGGAAGGUUUAUGUCUUAUAGCCAUUAUGGAGUCGUUGAUGAUCUGUCUGAUGAAAGAUAUUACCAGGAAGACGACCCUAAACUUCCUACUGCUGAAGGUCACAGUUACCGAGAAUCACCUGAAUACGAGCACUCGUUUUUGAGAGACAAUAUCCAAGACUGCAUAAUUGAAGAGGAGGUGCAUGUCUCUCCCACACUACAACAGUCCAUAAUGGGGAUCUUGAGGGAGGACACAUUAGACCCUGAACAGCAGCUUAGAGGAGCAUUAGAGCAAAUCCAAGACACUGUAUCUGGAGCUCUCAAGGAAGAGCUUGCCUUUUUUACAAAAGGUAGGGAGACUCCAGAAAAUGUCUCUGUGGACAUUAAAAAGGUAGAACAAGUUACAGACAAUGGAACCAUGACCAUUGUAGCAGAGCUUAAUGUUUCCCAGACACUGGAGGAGUCUGGGUUGCUGGAAGCAGAAGGAGAUGAUCUAUCUGAAGAGCAGAUAAUGGCAGCACUAAGCUCAUCCCACCCAAAGCUCCAGCAGGCUAUCGGCGGAGGAGCUGGUGCCGGAUACACCAUGAAAAUUUCCCAAGAGGAGAUUCAAACGGAGGGAAUGCCAUGGAUGACCGAUGACCAAGAAAUCCGACAGUGGAGCUCAACCGAUGAGGCUGGCAAGACAGAAAAACACAUCAAGCUGGGUCCCAGUGAGAAAUCUUUUACUUUUCAGAUGGACGUGAACAACGGCUCUUCUGCAUCAGCGAGCGGAGGAGCUGUCGAAGUACAAAGAGGUGGCAGUGCUACUGAGUUCCCACAGACCCAGAUGAUUGACCCCCACUUGAAGGUCUGUCAUGAGAAAAGAAUCGCAACUGUUUAUCUCGAAAGCCCCAAAGAGUGAUAUCAUAAUGAAAUAACAUUGAAAUUACACAAAAUAUCAAGUCAAACACAUAAUUAGUUAUGAACUGGACAAAUGAAAUGAGGAGUUGUAAACCAUAAUCCAAAAUCCAUGGUCCAUCAUGACUAUACACCACUGUUCAAAAGUUUGGGGUCAGUAACAUUAAAUAUUAUUUAAUGUUCAGAAAUGAUACAUUACACUGAUCCAAAGUGACAGUAAAGACAUUUAUAAUGGUCUCUGUUUUAAAUAAAUGAUUCUGACACUGAAGAGCGUAGCAACGGCUGCUGAAAAUGUAACUAAGAAUUUUAAUUUUUUUUCACAGGAGUAAAUUACAUUUUAAAAUAUACUCAACUUUAAAAUGUACUUAAACAGUCAUAAUUUCAACACUAUAAUUUUAAACCAAAUAAAUGCAGCUACAGUGUGAUGAGCAUAAAUGACUUCUUUCAAAAAACCCAAAAGUUUAAAUAGCAGUAUAUCUGACAUUCAGUAGCUAAAAUGUUAACUAAGCUAAAUCUAAUCAUUUAAAUACAGUUUUUGUUUGAUCUUGAAGUAUAUUUUUGUAUUAACCAUCUGGACAUUUUGCUUUACUUCAUUUUCAUAUAGUGAGAGCUUUAUCUAAGCACAGAAAUAGUGAAAUAUAUUGUUUUCUUUUCAGCUUUCAAGUAGCAAUCCUCUUAAAGAUAUACAUUGUAGACACAAUUCUUCUUUCCACAGCACUGCAAAAGCAAGCUUGGCAUGUUUUAAAAGUUUUUAUAUGAUACAUCAUAUUAAAGAAUGAACAGAUGGAGACAUUUACAAUAAUAUGCAGAAAUUGUAGAGUCGUCCUCUCUUUAAUUGGCCAUUUAUUUGUGAGUUCUUCCCAGCUUUAUUCCUAGUAUCACAGAUAUUUUCGGUAACACAUUUGAAUAUUGUUGGUCACACCCAUGAAAUCAGUUUAUAUAGUGGUCUACAUUUGGCCACAGUCACUGUAUUGCUCUACUGAAUGCGAAAAGCACUAGACUGUCCUUCCUGUCUCCCAGGGAUCUCUUAAUCCUUAAAUGACAUUAGACCAGCGAGGACUAAUCUAGCUAUCCUGCUCUUCCAGGACAACACAUUUUUCAUUGCUCUAGUACGGGAGAGGGAGGAGUUUGAUCGUAGAAAUCUCACGUUAAAAAUAAGUGCUAGGCAGCUUACACAGAAGUGCGUAAAUGCUUCCAGAAUAUCUAUUCGGUGCCAUUAAGUCUGAGACACAAUCCAUUACGCAUAAUGAGGAUUCAGCUUCACUAAAGGGGGGUGUCUAAUGAGAGUCUAUUUUUAGGAUUCAUACUCUGCCAUUUACACCUCCAGGUAAAAUAGUGUAACAGCUUUAGUCUGAAGAUUUAAAGUGUAAGCCUGUGCUUUUUCCUCUAUUUUUGUAUUGUCUUUAACAGAUAUGCAUGUCAACGUCAUCAGAUGCUGCAAUGGUGACUAUCCUGUGCCUAUUAACAGUGACGGGGAUAAAAAAAACAAUGUAAUCUAGAAUGAGGAAGCAUGUAACAUCAUAUUAAUUUCAUUUAGCUUUUCAUAUAUCUGUAUUAUCCUAAACUAUUAUAGUCAUCUAAACACAUACAUGAUAAGUGAUUAAGGAUUAGUUCAAAUUUGAUUUCAUUAUUAACCAUUUAUCUUCAUCCCUUGAGAUGGUGUUUCAGCACCUGCUGUAUUUUGUCUGAAUCUAUGCAUAGGGUUAUAUGACUCAACUAACACUGUGUGAAACCUCAUUUUGUUCAUCUACAGAUUUACAAUAUGCUAUACAGGAUUUACUGCCGUAGCAAACAUUGGUGUGCGAUUGCAGAUUACAGAUGCAUUUUUGCUAAAUGAAAAUUCACAAAAUGGAUGUUGUGUGUUGUACUCUUAAGAAAAAGACUAGUCUGCUCACUGUGUGAACAUUGGUUUAGAUGCAAACACAAUAAACAAGCUCUUACAAAUUCA